AUGGUUCAAAACCCACUCAUCAUUUUUGCUAUUGUUAUUCUAGUUGUUCUAGUUCUCUCGCCAACUUUUACCUAUUCUGAAGAUAAUAGCUCUUUCUCUUGUCAAGAUGGAACAAGCCAAAGUUGUUGCUCUCAACUAGCGCACCGAGUCUCAAGUGAACAUAAUUCCCGAUGCGCUUCAAUUGUUCUAACGAAUGAAAGUGGCUAUAAUAUGGAUUCUACAAAUAAAAAUCUUGAAGAUGGCCGUUGGCUCACAUCAACAGAUUAUUUUGGUGCCAACAGCGUUAAUAUAACCUGCGAGCCACGUUCUCUUCUAGAUAAUGAAUCCGAGACUAUUUCUAGUGUUACAAGUCAUGUUUUCGGUGGGUUGAAAGGCUAUUUUAGUUUCAAAAUAAAUGACAGUAUGACAAGUGAAUUUACUAUCUCCUGGAAAGUUCCUACAAUUGGUCCACCUCAAUACGAAUUUAAUUUUCUUAAUGAUUUAUCUAAUCAGUAUUAUAUCGUUAAUAACAACAAAACCUUUGAAGAUACAGUCUACCAAAUUACAAUUAAUAAAAUUAAUAAAAUUAAUGAAAAUAAGACACCCAUUUCAUUAAUUAUUGUCAUUGUGCUCCUUGGCAUUGGGUUAGUUGUCAUUGGAAUUUUUUUCAUUGCAUCACGUUUUAACAGAGGACCACUUACACUCGUUAUUGCAUGUUUUAAUACAUGUAAACAACACUCCAGGCCAGGACCACCUGUAGUUGUUAACACACGUGAACGAUCUGCCAUUUAUAUAGUCGAACCGUGUAAAUCUUCCGGACAGAUAUAA